UAUAAAUAGGGCUAAUCCUCUUCUCCUUUCAACCACAAAAACUGCAGACUUAGCUAAACAUUUCUACUCAUCUUUUUAACACCACUUUUCAUUACUUUUCUUUUCCUAUCAUUUCAAUGGCAGUUCCUGUGAUUGAUUUCUCUAAGCUCAAUGGUGAUGACAGGGCCAAAACGUUGGCUCAGAUCGAAAAUGCAUGCCAAGAAUGGGGUUUCUUUCAGCUGGUGAACCAUGGAAUCCCCGUGGAGUUGCUGGAGAGGGUGAAGAAGGUUUCAUCUGAGUUUUAUAAGAUGGAACGUGAAGAGAAUUUCAACAAGUCAAAGGUGGUGGAGUUGUUGGACGAGCGCGGUGUAACAUUGGAGGAUGCAGAUUGGGAAGAUGUUGUCACUCUGUUAGAUGAUAAUGAGUGGCCAUCCAAAACACCUGGAUUCCAGGAAAUUAUGAAGGACUACAGAUUUGAGUUGAAGAAAUUAGCUGAAAAGGUGAUGCAAGUUAUGGAUGAAAACUUGGGAUUACCAAAUGGAUACAUCAAGACGGCAUUCAAUGAUGGAGACGGUGAUAAUGCCUUCUUUGGAACCAAGGUUAGUCAUUACCCACCAUGUCCUCACCCUGAGAAAGUGAAGGGGCUUCGAGCUCACACCGAUGCAGGCGGCGUGAUCUUACUCUUCCAAGACGACAAGGUGGGGGGACUUCAAGUCCUGAAAGAUGGGCAAUGGAUUGAUGUUCAUCCUUUGCCAAACGCCAUAGUUAUCAACACCGGUGAUCAGAUAGAGGUCCUAAGCAAUGGCCGGUACAAGAGUGCUUGGCACCGAGUUUUGCGCUCCGUUGAUGGAAAUAGGAGACCGAUUGCUUCGUUUUACAAUCCAUCUUUGAAAGCCACCAUUGCUCCUGCACCACAGCUAGUGGAGAAGACAAAACAAGUGGGAGAAACUUAUCCCAAGUUUGUUUUUGGUGAUUAUAUGUCUGUUUACGUUCAGCAGCAGUUCCUCCCAAAGGAACCAAGGUUCCAAGCUGUCAGGGCCAUGUAA